CCCGCAGCGCCCGCGCGCCCUGCCCGCGCCGCGGCGUCCCUGUGCUCACCCCCAGCCCCUUUCGUCUGGAGGGCGCUGCCAGGUCUGCGCACGAGGCGGCGGCUUGAGCGGGGGCUGGGCCUCCAUCCGAGAAAGAGUUAAUCGGCCACGGCUAGGAGGAGCCCAAAGAGGAAGGAAGGAAAUUGCUGUCCUUCUGAAAGUUUUUUCCUUCCUCUCUUCUUUCCCUGCAGAGGUGAGGGCCGGGAGGCGGCGGCGCUGACUCUCGGGAGCCGGGCUCCGGGACUCUGUUUCCGGAGCUGCCUCCCUACUACCUGGGGACAGGGACCGCUGUCGCUCUUGGACCUUCUCCGUGGACCCCUUCUGGGUGCGCCAAGCCAUGGAUGGCGCAGAGCUGGCCGGGAAGAUCUUUUACACCUGGCUUACUCUGGUGCUCGGCUUCAUACUGCUGCCUUCGGCCUUUGGGGUGUCUUUGGGCAUCUCCGAGAUCUAUAUGAAGAUCCUGGUGAAAACUUUAGAGUGGGCCACAAUACGAAUUGAAAAAGGAGCCUCAAAGGAGUCAGUUCUUAAAAACUCAGCUUCUGUUGGUAUUAUCCAAAGAGAUGAGUCACCCAUGGAAAAAGGGCUGUCUGGUCUUCGAGGAAGGGACUUUGAGCUGUCUGACGUGUUUUAUUUCUCCAAGAAGGGAUUGGAAGCCAUCGUGGAAGACGAAGUGACCCAGAGGUUCUCCUCAGAGGAGCUGGUGUCAUGGAACCUCCUCACGAGGACCAACGUCAACUUCCACUAUGUCAGCCUGCGGCUCACCGCCGUGUGGGUGCUGGGCGUCCUGCUGCGCUACUGUGUCCUCCUGCCUCUCAGGGUUACCUUGGCUUUCAUUGGGAUCAGUUUAUUGGUUAUCGGAACCACCCUGGUUGGACAGUUGCCGGACAGCAGCCUCAAAAGCCGGCUGAGUGCGCUGGUCCACCUGACUUGCUGCCGCAUCUGUGUCCGGGCCCUCUCUGGUACCAUUCGUUAUCACAACAAGCAGUACAGACCCCAGAAGGGAGGCAUCUGUGUUGCCAAUCAUACCUCCCCAAUAGACGUUUUGAUCUUGACAACGGAUGGAUGCUACGCUAUGGUUGGCCAGGUUCACGGUGGCUUGAUGGGAAUUAUUCAGAGAGCUAUGGUCAAAGCUUGUCCACAUGUCUGGUUCGAACGUUCAGAAAUGAAAGACCGACACCUGGUUACUAAGAGACUGAAAGAACAUAUUGCUGAUAAGAAAAAAUUACCCAUAUUAAUCUUUCCUGAAGGAACUUGCAUCAACAAUACUUCAGUAAUGAUGUUUAAAAAGGGAAGCUUUGAAAUUGGAGGAACCAUACAUCCAGUUGCAAUUAAGUAUAAUCCUCAGUUCGGUGACGCAUUUUGGAACAGUAGUAAGUUCAGCAUGGUGAGCUACCUGCUUCGAGUGAUGACCAGCUGGGCCAUUGUCUGUGACGUGUGGUACAUGCCUCCCAUGACCAGAGAGGAAGGAGAAGAUGCAGUCCGUUUUGCUAACAGGGUUAAGUCUGCUAUUGCUGUACAAGGAGGAUUGACUGAGCUUCCCUGGGAUGGAGGUCUGAAGAGAGCCAAGGUGAAGGACACCUUUAAGGAAGAGCAGCAGAAGAAUUACAGCAAGAUGAUCGUGGGCAAUGGAUCUGCCACCUCCGAACUGGACUGAACGCCAGCGGGGCUUUCCAGAGCCAGUCCUUGGAAAAGGAAUGUGCUGGGGUUGGGGGGAGCAGGAUGGGCCUCGCUUGGUUUUACCGUCUUUGUUUUUAUUGUUAGUCUUUUCUACGGGAUGAUUGUCUCUGCCUCUUUACGCCAGAGGCAGAACCCAAGGUGCCCUUUUGGCUUUUGUUGUUGUUAGAGCAUUAGCCUCCGGAGCCGUAAGGCAGUUGACUGAGUUUAAACAGAUGCUGCCUUUUGUAAAACUUGAUGGUGUCUUGUGGAUUGAAUGAAAUCUUUUAUUGGGGCAGGCGGUGGGAAGGGCUUCUAAAACACUUUUACUGCUGGUUGUGUCUGGCACUCAUUGAUAGGGUGAGCCUCACAAGAGUACCCCAGACUCUUUGCUCACAGCCAGCGUGCUGAGCCCUGUCCUCCCACCCGCUUCAGCCACUGACACCGGGAUCACAGGGCCCUCCCAGGUUGCUGUUAGGGUUUUGUGCCACCGCAAGGUUGAAAAGAAAGGACAGCUUUGCGGCCACUUGAUUGGAAAGUCGAAAGGAAACGUAAAUGUUUUUAACUAGCUCUUUAGAAAAAACAUACUAUUUGAACUUUGCCAAAGAAAAGCGAGUCUGGGUUAACUGUGUAUGCACAUUUGUGUGUUGGCAACGUGCAGAUAAACCUAUGUCAGCCAGCGGUGGGUGUAAAGUUUUUAGUUUUCCUUGUUUGUAUGCUAAAGAUCUAUACCUAAGGCCUUUCCCAUCUACUGAUUUGUUUGAUCUUGUAACCAAACCUAUUUUCAAAUGGGAGGAGCCUUUUAUAAUGACAACAGAUUAUACCGACUUUAGCGGGAGUAAGAACAAGGGAGUGAGGCGUGGGGCUCCCCCCUCCCCCGCCCUUUGCUGUUUAUUUCAGGACUUUCCCAGUUUCUGCAGCCGGAAAAUAAGGGUAGAAUUACUUUUUGGAAACUGAGCCUUAACCUUUUAAAGGGGACAGUAAGUGUUUCCCGACUCCGUAGCGUAAGCGAUGUCUGAUGCCCAUAUGAUACCAUUGGGGUGUUAUGUCUUCAGGUAACCAUCUACAAAAUGUGAAACUGUCUUACAGUCUAAUAUAAAUAAAGUCUAUAUUUCUAA